AUGAAAGUCUAUCAUAUAUUUCUGUUAAUUUACUUACGACAAGAAGUGAACGGUCAGAAAUUGUGCCCUGUUGAUCACUAUGAAGUCAGUUUUCGUAGCCUUGAGGAUAACAUCACUAUUGUAAUAAAAUGGGAAAAAGCAAAAGUUGGCACUACCAGUAUCCUAAGAGACAUUUGCUCAAAUAUUACUGGUUUACCUUUAGAACGUCAUUGCUCGUACAAUAGAGAUACAGGCGAAGCGGAAUGGUCACCAUAUAAUAAAAAUGAAUCGGUUCUACACUGCUAUCUUAUCAGCUAUCAUUGCAAAAGUGACCCUUUUGAGCAUGAUUUUUUCAUGAAGGGCAAUGUGUUGAAGCCUUACGAAAAUUAUUGGAAAACAUCAUAUAAUCCCGGACUGAUUGAGCUUCAGAUACCCUGUUUGCAAGCAAAUGGUUUACCUAUAGCCAGAAGAUGCUUAUAUAAUCCUGCGAAGCAUGUAAUCGAAUGGGAAUCAAUAGAACAUUGGCCGAGAAUUUCUUGCUACGAAAGCAGUUACAGUGUAAUAAACCAGCAAUUAGUGACUGAUGAACUUAGUGGAUGGCAGCGUGAAUUUAUCGGAAGUGAACAAUUAUACCCCAAUGACAGUGUACGGUUUGUAAACGAAUUUACUACAAUUUUGGAAAGUCCACAACAUGUGCUAUUACCUGCCGAUAUAGAGUUAACAGGCAAAUUUUUGCAAUUUGUUGUUCAGAGCAACCCUGAGCCAAGUCUUAUGAAAGCUAUAAUGGAUCUGACAAAUACUGUUAUGUCAAGUGAUUCAGCAGUUCUGUCACUAUCGGCUGAAAUGAAUGCAACCAACACUUGCCUAAAAGCCUUUGAAGAUUAUGUGAAUAAAACAGCGGCCUUGAUCGCUAAGCAACGAUGUGUGAAUGAACCAAAAGUUCAAAUUGAGAUAACUGAAAACAUCGGUGUAUUUAUUGUCAAUCCAAAAUGCACUAAUAUUUCGGGUUUGGCUAUAUACAGUUCGCAUAUAACACCGCGUUCGGCGCAUUAUCACUCUAUGCAUUUCGAGGGACUUUCAAAUCUUUACUAUCGAUAUCUUUACUUAAAUCAGUCAGUUGGCGAUUUACUGCAGGAGCAAAACCUUUUGUUAGCCAGUUUUGUGCCUGAAAAAAUGUGGAACAAAAUGUGUAAUGAGUUAUGGUCUCAUGAUGAGUAUGGCAUUGUUGCGAUCAAAGUGUAUAAAAAUGAUAAACUUUUUGUUGAAACAAGUCCCAUAGUUGAUCACAAGCCGAACGGUGCCAUCCUAUCCUUCACGAUAACCAAUUACACAGGUCUACUGGUGGAAGAUUUGCCGAUAAUAUUUUCGAAACGGAAUUUACACAAAUAUUCUGAUAUUCAUUUUGGUUGCGCUUACUGGAAUUAUACUACGUGGGAUAGGAGAGGCGUCAGAGUUGUCGAUAGCAUCGAUGGUCAAUCGUUGCAAGAUUACGUGCUUUGUUAUAGUAAUCAUUUGACACCAUUUUCAUAUUUGAUGGGUGGUAUCUUUGAACGACCGAACACUAAAAAUGUUGUGCUGAUUACCUUAAGGCAUAUAAAAGCUUUGGAUAUAAUUUCUAUGAUCGGAUGCUCAGCUUCGUUGAUAGGAUUACUUUGCAUAUGGUUCACUGCCCUAUUAAUUAAAAAUUGGCGUUCUCUGAGUUCGAACAAAGUCUUGCUUCACUUAUGUGCUGUACUUACGUUAAUCAUCUUGACAUUUAUAGCUAUCAAUCUGAAUUGCGUAAUUGAACAACUUAUGGCCAACUCGACUUAUUGCGUGAUAAUGGGAGCCUUUCUCCAAUAUAUUAUUCUCGUAUUAUUUGUUUGGAUGCUUAUCAUUGCUAUACUACAAUAUCAACGUUUCGUUAUUGUGCUUGGUAUAGUGCGUCCUAAGUACUAUAUAACCAAAUCAGCUAUAGUUGCCUGGAGUCUACCAUUGAUACCAACUUUGUAUGUAGCAUUAACUAUACCUGAAUCUUAUGUACCUACCUACGAACAAUGGAUUAGAAAUAGUGGCAUUUGCUAUCCUACCGGUCAUGGUUUAAAUUUUGGUGUAGUUUUACCCAUAUCUAUAGUAGUUACUAUAAAUAUUGGUGUAAUUUUAUAUAUAUUUUAUAGUUUAUGUCGUGCACGUCUAUCCACGCCUACGCAAAUGCAUCAAAAGAGCGGUCUUGUUAAGGAAAUACGUCUUAUGGUAUUGUUAUUUUUCCUUUUAGGCUUAUCAUGGAUAUUCGGUCUACUCGCUUAUAUGAAUCUUACAAUUGUAUUUUCAUAUCUUUUCUGUAUGACAGCGACAUUACAAGGAUUUAUACUAUUUUUAUAUUUUAUAAUCUUGGAUAAGCAUACACGUGACUCAUGGAUGAAAAUGAUGGAUUCCUCUAAGCGGAAGGAGGGAAAAAGUAAAUCAAAGACAUCUAAUCUACCCAACACUUCUUCACGUAGCCAAUAG